UGAAAAAUUUGCCUGGCCUUAAAAUGAACUUGGAACUUCAGUCUUCAGAACUUGGAACUUCAGUCUUCAGUACAGUACCAUUCAACUCCACUCAGUUUCUUCAUGAAUAAGCUUUUUCAAAUGCUUGCCAGGACUCAUUCUUCCCUUUUACAGAAGACAAGCCUGUCAUUUCAAAUAUAUUCGCUUGUUCUUCGGUGUUAGUUUCGAAAACUCUUGCAUCAUGUGUGCUCAGCUUCUUAAACCUCUCCGGUAUUGUUUAAACCCCAUCAGUUUUAUCAUCUCAUUUCAUGUUUUACUCAUCAACUUCCCAACUUGUCUUGCUCAAUUUGGUCAUUAUAAUUACUACUCGGACUGUAGUAACACUACUGCUAUUGGAUGCGGUGAUACGACAUUCAAGAACCCUCUAUACCCUUUCUGGGGAGAAAGUUUUCGACCUGAUUAUUGCGGUCUUGAUGGAUUUGAACUCCAUUGUGAAAACAAUGAUCUUGUUGUAGAUAUUGGUUCACGUAGCAAGUAUCAUGUAGUUGACUUUAAUUCGGCAACAGGUGUGUUAACGUUAAAUCGUUCUGAUGAUCCGUUGGGGAGUAUUUGUGCAUCUGGUGAGGCUACUAGUACCAUAUUGAAUGCAACACUAUAUGAUUACACAGAUUAUACUGAAGAUCUCAGCUUAUUCUACAAUUGUGCCGAUGAUUUUGAUUCAGUCUGGGUCGACUAUACAUUCACUUGUCAGAGUAACAGUAAGAAGCGAGUUUAUUUCUUUCUAGGAAAUUCAUUUGAUUUGGUGGAAGACAAGCUUGAGUCCUGCACUAACACAACACUUCAAGUUGAUAAGACGGCGUUUGAGGAGUUAAAAAGCAAUAGAAUAGAGCCGGAAGCACUUUUCAAGAGGAGCUUCGAAGUACACUACAAUAGAAUUAACGAAGGAGCAUGCUCCGACUGCAAGGCAACUGAAGGAUUGUGUUGGAGAGGCACAAAUAGUAUUGACAACACAUGCCUUUAUAGCAACGGAACUAAUCUCCCUCCAUAUGGAUAUGGACGACCAGGAAAACAAAAGAAUUUGGUACUCAAGAUUGUUAUAGCAACUACUAUAGUAUGCAGUAUACUUCUUUUAGUGAUUCUCAUCACCUAUUCUCGCCGGAGGAAAAUUGUAUAUGGUUUAUCUCUGUUUCCUCGAUAUGCAUCUUCUUUUCCUAAAGACGUCGAGGCCUUCAUUAGGCAAUAUGGAUCCUUAAUCCCUGAAAGAUUUAGGUACUCCACUCUAACAAAAAUAACGGAUUCUUUCAAAAAUGAAUUAGGCAAAGGAGGUUAUGGAAAUGUAUACAAAGGCCGCUUAGCAGAUGGUCGUGUUGUAGCAGUAAAGGUCUUGAAAGAAGCAAAAGGAAACGGAGAAGAAUUCAUAAAUGAAGUUGCAAGCAUUGGCAGGACAUCUCAUGUUAACAUCGUCACUCUGCUCGGAUUCUGUUACGAGCCUAAAAGACGAGCUCUGAUAUACGAGUACAUGCCUAAUGGAUCUCUCGAAAAGUUCAUUCAUGGCAAAACUCCGUUGUUGAAAGCACAACGUCUUGGAUGGGAGAAACUAUACAGCAUAGCAAUUGGAAUUGCACGAGGACUCGAGUAUUUGCACCGAGGCUGCAGCACCCGUAUUCUGCAUUUCGACAUAAAGCCACAUAACAUCCUUCUUGACAAAAAUUUCAGCCCUAAAAUUUCCGAUUUUGGCCUUGCCAAGUUGUACAACACUGACGAAAGUAUAAUCUCGUCAUUGUUGCAAGCUAGAGGGACCAUUGGAUAUAUUGCACCCGAAGUUACUAGCAGAAAUUUUGGAAAAGUUUCCCACAAAUCUGAUGUCUACAGCUAUGGAAUGAUGAUUCUUGAAAUGGUUGGUGGACGAAAGAAUGUUAAUGCCGAUGCAGAUCAAACUAGCGAGAUAUAUUAUCCGCGUUGGCUAUACAAACGAAUCAAAUCAGAUGAUGCGCUAAAUUUGGCGAAUGAUAUAUCUGCUGAAAAUGAAAUUGUGAGGAAAAUGGUGAUUGUCGGGCUAUGGUGCAUACAAAUAUAUCCAUCACAAAGGCCAUCAAUGAGCAAGGUGAUUGAAAUGUUGGAAGGGAGAACUGCAGCUCUGGAGAUCCCACCAAGUCCAUACUUGUGUUCUGUUCCGAGUUCUCCGUCGAGUUCUCAAAGAGAACUAGUGGUUUGCUCUUCUUCAAGAACAGAACGCACUUCAUCUGGAUGAUAGUCAGAUAUUGAGAGGGACUUGAAAUAAUGAAGUAAAAUGUUUUAAGGGAUAAAAGCAAAGGAAAUAUUAUGUGCUUAGAUCAUUUGUAUUCAUGAAAACUUAACAAUAAUGAAAAGAUAUUGAUAGUAAAAAUGAAUUUGAU